AUGGAAUCAGUGGAGGAGGAGGCUAUGGAAGUGGAGGUCUGGGAGGAUUAUAUGGAAGUGGAGGUCUGGGAGGAUUAUAUGGAAGUGGAGGUCUGGGAGGAUUAUUUGGAAGUGGAGGUCUGGGAGGAUUAUAUGGAAGUAGUUACAACACUGGUGGCAUCAGUCUUGGUGGUGGUUUCAGCACAAGCAGUUACGGCAUCGAUUUCCUAUGUGCUCUUUGGUUUGCUUUUCCUGGUGGUGGCUGCAAAAGAACGGUCUCAUACCUCUAAAACUGCCGAUCUGAAGGCUGAGGCAUCAGGCUACGGAGGAGUUGGUGGUGGAUAUGGAGGAAUAAGAGAUGGGUUCGGUGGAGUUGGUGGUGGAUAUGGAGGAAUAAGAGAUGGGUUUGGUAGAGUUGGUGGUGGAUACGGAGGAAUAAGAGAUGGGUUCGGUGGAAUUGGUAGUAGACUUGGUGGCAGUUUCGGUGGAAUUGGUGGUGGGUAUAGUCAGAUUGGUGGUGGAGUUGGUGGUGGAUAUGGUCAGAUUGGUGGUGGAUAUGGUAGACUUGGUCGAGGAUUCGGUGCAGUUGGUGGUGGUGGUGGAUAUGGUCAGAUUGGUAGUGGAGUUGGUGGUGGAUAUGGUCAGAUUGGUAGAGGAGUUGGUGGUGGAUAUGGUCAGAUUGGUCGAGGAUUCGGUGGGUUUGGAGGCUUUCCUGUUGUAUAUAUUCUUGCCAUCCCUGUCACUUUCGAUGGAGGAAGAGGUGGACUGAGAGGUUUUGGUGGCAGUUUUAAUGAUUGGAGACUGGGUGGUGGAUCUUUUGGCGGACUGGGUGGUGGAUCUGUUGGAAGACUUGGUGGAACCAAAGGAGCUGAAGCUACGGGUUACGGGGGAAGAUAUACUGGUAGAAGACAUGGAGGUGAUAAAGAAGGCUUUACAAGUAGUGCCAUAGGAGUAGGAGUUAGUACAGGAGAGCAAGCUGAUGGUGUAGGAGGACUUGGAGAUUGGAAAGGAGGGCAUGCUGAUGGUGUAAGAGGACUUGGAGAUUGGACAGGAAGACAUGCUGAUUAUGUAGGAGGACUUGGAGAUUAG